AGGCAGGUUCCUAACAGAAGUCUUGUUACAAGAAUUCGUGAGAAGGUGGUCAAAUCACAAAGUUAUGGUUAGAUGGCUUUGUAGGUUCUUUCGUUAUCUUGACCGAUACUUCCUCAAAGGAAGCUAGCUUCCCUCACUUGACAGAACUGCUCUCAUGUUAUUCCCUGAUCAGACUAUAUCCAAUUCUUAUACGAUCUUUAGGUCUACAAUGAAGUGAAUGAACAACUAAGGGAUGCUGUAAUGUCUAUGAUUGAUCAAGAGCGCAAAGGAGGGAAUAUUAACCAGGCAUUGUUGAAGGAUGUUUUGGAUAUAUAUGUGGAGAUGGGAAUGGAUUCUAUGAAGUAUUAUGAGGACUUCGAAGUAGACAUGCUUAAAGCGACUGCUGAGUAUUAUUCCACAAAGGCCUCUCAGUGGAUUGCAAUCAAUUCUUAUAAUGACUACAUGCUAAAGGUGGAUGAGUGCUUGAAACAGGAGACAAACAGAGCUUCCUGCUACUUACAUUCUAGCAGUAAACAAAAGCUACUAAAGGUUGUGGAACAAGAGUUAUCUAUGUAUGCAGGUGAACUGCAAGAGAAUGCAUUGACAAAAGAUGUUCUGGAAAUGGGGAAAGCAUACACCAACUUGGAGGUUGGAGCAUUGAAAAGAGAGAAUGAUAAGACCACAUAGCAUGAUUUACAGAUUUAUUUCAGUAACAGUAAAGCUAAAUAAGAGGUUGGAGUUUUGUGUACUUGAAUUGGAAACAGGGAACCAAGAAGCAGAAUGAGAUAUAUGAAGAUUGAACAAGGCCAAUAAUAAUAUAGAGAACUCUUCCUUUUAAGUUGGAUGUAUUCUGCAGUGAGAUCUUUGUA